ACCUCAUAUGAUAAUAGUGAACGCCAUUUCUAUGUGGUAUCAAAGUGAUUAAGACAACAACUAAGUUAUGCUCCCCAAAAUAUAUAUAAAAUGAUGAAUAUGACCUUUUGCAACAACCUACAUUAUUAAACAAAGGGACAGAGUUGCCUAUGCGUUACUUUGUGUCAAGAAAUACUUGUAGAAGGAGAUUCUCCUUUCCUUCAUUGUUGUGCUGCUGCUUGACCGGUCAAACAGGAGGCAAGACUGCUUCAUCUUCACACUUCCCAUUAGCCGUUCCGUUCUAGCAUAGUUCCCAUCACAAAAAGACCUAGCUUUUCCCUUAGCUCUCUCCUGAGUCAGGUCCAGCGCCAGGGAAGCCAAGCAAAGCUGGCGUGGGCAGGCUUCCUUUGGCCUCCGAGAGAAACCAUCUCUACAGAAGACGGUUUUCCCUUUUGCAACAGAUGCUGAGCCUCCACAGAGUGACACAUCAAAUCCAGGGGCUGGCACUGAGGACGCGACCCUACCCGAGGAUUGGAUAGCACCCACCGGAUGCUGUGAACGAAAUCCGCUAGUUGUCACCCCAACUCUGCUGCUUGUGUGUGUGCCAAACACGCUCUCCUUCGCCAGUAAGAAAACUUUAUGGAUUAAAUGAAAGUGGAUCAUCAUCUCUGGAUAAUCGACUGAAUUGAACCACUGAUACACACAGUCUCCCUCUUCAGGCCUCUUUAUACAGAGCCCACAGUAACUGUCCUUGGAACGACCAUGUGUGUUAGUUAUAAACAUAGGUAGAGACAUGACUCAGGUCUGACCCUGGAGAUGCCGAAGAGACGAGACAUCGUCGCCAUUGUGUUGAUUGUGUUGCCUUGGACACUGCUCAUCACUGUUUGGCACCAAAGCACCAUCACUCCACUGCUUGCUACACGAAAGGAUGACAGACGUGAUGGUCGCUCCAGGAACACUUUCGCUUUCAAGGAGUCCUGCUCACUGCAGAACCGGGACAUCGUGGAGGUGGUGCGCACAGAGUAUGUCUACAGCCGGCCUCCACCCUGGUCCGACAUCCUGUCCACCAUCCAUGUCAUCACUCCCACCUACAGCCGGCCAGUGCAGAAGGCAGAGCUGACACGUCUGGCGAACACUUUGCUCCAUGUGCCCAACCUGCACUGGAUCCUGGUGGAGGACUCCCAGAGGAGGACCCCUCUGGUCAGCCAUCUCCUCCAGGAGACGGGACUCAACUACACCCACCUCAAUGUGGAGACACCCAGGAACUACAAGAUACGCGGGGACACAAGGGACCCCCGUAUACCACGGGGCACUAUACAGAGGAACCUGGCCCUGCGGUGGCUGCGGGAGACCUUCAGUGUAAACAACAGCCAGCCGGGGAUUGUCUACUUUGCAGAUGAUGACAACACGUACAGUCUGGAGCUGUUUGAGGAGAUGCGAUCCACCAAAAAGGUAUCAGUGUGGCCUGUGGCCUUUGUGGGCGGCCUUCGGUACGAGUCCCCUAAAGUAAACACCUUGGGCAAAGUGUACGGCUGGAAAACGGUAUUCGACCCACAUCGGCCUUUUGCUAUCGACAUGGCUGGCUUUGCAGUGAACCUGCGCCUCAUUCUGUCUAAACCUCAGGCUUAUUUCAAGUUACGUGGGGUGAAAGGAGGUUAUCAGGAGAGCAGUUUAUUAAAGGAGCUUGUCACCCUGAGCGACCUGGAGCCUAAAGCUGCUAACUGCACUAAGGUAUUAGUAUGGCACACACGGACGGAAAAGCCUGUGCUGGUAAAUGAGGGCAAGAAAGGAUUUACAGACUCUAAUGUGGAGAUAUGACAUACUUCAUCUGACACAGGGGAGGCAUUUCUCCGUGGGAUUACAUGGAUUUAAGCCAACCUCAGAGCUCCAUAAAGCAAUGGCCAGGGUCAAAAAUAUUAUCACAGCACGGUAGCUGUACUUCACCAUAGCUUGGAAAUGGAGGCACACCUGUCCAACCCCGGCAGCACAAAGCCAUGUGCUUGUACAACCACAGAGUAUCAAAGCACAACUGCACAAAAACAAGCCAGCCUCUUCUGCUCGGAGCACUGGCUGAUGCGAGACACUGGAAGGAGUUGCCAAAAGGAGCUUGCCCACUGAGGUCUCCUCGGAGAGCUGAGACAAAGGAUGUUAGGCGAUUUAAACUGCAGGAAGAGAUGGCACGGCGAGCAAUAAAGAGCCCUCUCAGCGCAGACAACACCAGCCAACCAUCCAAUCAGCAGUUAUAGGGCCCUUUUGUUCUGAAGCGAGCUGGCUGUCGGGCACAGGGCUGCACAGAGGAAUAAAAAGGGUCCUUGUCUUAGGUGAGUCAGCACUGACUGACAGACUGCACUGAGGGGAUCUGAACCCUAACCACUUGUACUGUACAACACUGAGCUAUUUAGAUAGCACCAUGAACCCAGCACUAAUUAGGAGUCGUGUAACUCCUCAACACACAAACACACCACGCUGUCACACUACGUACAAUGAGCACACAGAAACACAUGCACGGAGCAAUGAUUUAUUAUAAUGUAACAGCGAUGUCCUCUCUUACAGUCAUUUACUCCACGCUCUUGUUUAUUCCUCAUAUGCUGUAACUCUACUGAGGUCUUUGUUAUUUAAGAGAACUUUCAGUAUUCCCAGAGGCCUGUCCACUUCACAGGCCUCCUCAUCAGCUAAUUAAGAUCUCACUGAGUGAAAUGAAGGUUUCUCAGCAGAAUUAUUUAUUGUUUCAGAGUAUCUGGUACCAUUCACUUGUUAGUUGUGUGCUGUGCUUGUGAGAGUAAAUGGGAUAUGAAGUCAUUACUCCAAAAACUGGAUGCACAUCCUUUCAAAUAGCUGUAUUACACAGUAUAAUUAUUCCUUCCACAGAUGGCUGGCUUGUAAGUAAUGAUUUCAUACCCCAUUGACUUGCAGCGGCUCUGCUAACAAAUGCUAAUGUUCUCUCAGACUCUGUGAAUGUUAAAAGUUUGGUCAGUUAUCGUUGUGACAAGCAUCUAGAACCUUGAACUUUCACUUAAUGAUGUUGCCACACUGCUGCUUGUGUUUCAUUUGAAAGCUGUUCACAUCAGUCCUGCCUCAACUUAUAUUAUCCCAUAAACCUGUUCAGUUCAGUAACUGCUGCCCAACACAUUCUGCAGAAUAUUCACGCAAGCAAUACAAAUCUAACAACAUGAAAUAUAACUGCCAUCUCCAGACAGAAAUUGUUACUCUUUAACUAGGAAUCCACGGGUAAAAGGAUAUACUUGGUAAUUCUGCUCUAUGUCUAAGGAGUCACUGUAACUAAAGGUACUGUAUGUACAUAGCUAUAAACUGUUCCCAUACAA